CCAUUCAAUUCAACAUAACGCAAGGCCUCCACUGAUACAGAGAAUCCUUUCUCUCAAGAUUGGUCUGUUGUUGUUGAGAGAGAAACAUACUCCCACACAGAUUCACACCACCUACCCCCUUCUCUCUCUCUCUCUCUCUCUCUCUCUCUCUCUCGCAUUCUCCGCCGUCUCUUUCUCUCAUUCUCUUUUCUCCACUACAAAAUUCCAAAAGGGGUUUUAUACUUUCUCACAACCUUCUGAUUAAUGGGUCGCAAAGGAAUUAACAAAAACAAUCUCUUUGAUGACAAAAGACACGCUUUUUUCUCAAUCUCCAAUCUGGGUUCUCAAUGGGCUGACGUUGAUGUUCAAGAACAAGGGUAUUACAAUCAUUUCCACCACCCUGGUGGUUUAUUUGCAAGCAUUGGUCAAAUGGGUAUGGGUUUUGGUGGAGUUCAACAACCAAAUUCGUCUUCCGAUUCUUCUUCUCAACGAAACAACGGAAUGAGGAUUCCAUGCACUGAGUUGUACAUUAGGUAUGUGCAAUCAGAAGGGAAAGUGAAGAUUCUUGGUGUUCCUGAUGAGGAUGAAGAUGAAAUAGUGGAAGGUGUUAAGGGGAAGAAAAAGGGUAGUCUUAAAAAGUUUAAGAUUAAGGUCAAAAACCCUUCGUUGAGGAGGUUGAUUAGUGGUGCUUUUGCUGGGGCUAUUUCAAGGACUGCUGUUGCACCUUUGGAAACUAUUAGGACUCAUUUGAUGGUUGGAAGUAGUGGUCAUUCUUCUAGCGAGGUGUUUAACAAUAUCAUGAAGACUGAUGGGUGGAAAGGGUUGUUUAGGGGUAAUUUUGUCAAUGUCAUAAGGGUUGCACCUAGCAAGGCCAUUGAGCUAUUUGCUUAUGAUACAGUUAACAAGAACCUCUCCUCAAGGCUUGGGGAACAGCCUAAACUCCCUAUUCCUCCAUCAUUGAUUGCAGGUGCUUGUGCUGGAGUUAGUUCAACUAUUAUCACAUAUCCUCUAGAAUUACUCAAGACUAGAUUAACUAUCCAGAGAGGUGUUUAUAACGGUCUACUCGACGCGUUUGUGAAAAUAAUUCGAGAAGAGGGUGCUUCGGAACUGUAUAGAGGCCUUGCUCCUAGUCUUAUUGGAGUUAUUCCAUAUUCUGCCACUAAUUACUUUGCCUAUGACACUUUAAGGAAAGUGUACAAAAAAGUUUUUAAACAAGAGAAGAUUGGCAACAUUGAAACCCUUUUGAUAGGAUCUGCGGCCGGCGCUAUUUCAAGUAGCGCUACUUUCCCCCUUGAAGUUGCUCGCAAGCAAAUGCAAGUGGGAGCACUUAGUGGAAGACAGGUUUACAAAAAUGUGAUUCAUGCACUUGCAUGCAUACUUGAGCAAGAAGGUAUUCAAGGUUUGUAUAGAGGAUUAGGACCAAGCUGCAUGAAGUUGGUGCCUGCUGCAGGAAUCUCUUUCAUGUGCUAUGAAGCAUGCAAGAGGAUUUUGAUAGAGGAAGAUGAUAAAGAGGAAUAGAAUGAGUUAGAGUACCUGAGUUCUGAUUUUUAUUUUCAUUUUUCAAAUUUGAUUAAAAUAUUUUGGCUUAUUGGAUUUUUUUUAAUCUCCUAAUAACUUUUAAUAAGAAAUUGAGAAUUGAAUAAUGGUUUUGAUUUGUUUUUUUAGUUACU